AUGAUUGCUUUUAAAGAAAGGUCUUUAAUAAAACAAUAUCUGCUAAAAAAACCAACCAAAUGGGGAUUUAAACUUUGGGGUAGAAGUGGAUUUAGUGGAUUUCUUUAUGAUUUUGAUGUUUACCAGGGUAAAGAAAUGGAAUCGAGUAAAGCAUCAACCUAUGGAGUUGGUGCAUCUGUAGUCCUCAAUAUGUUAUCCAGUUUACCAUCUGGUCAUAACUUUAAAGUAUUUGCAGAUAACUUUUUCACAUCGCUAACUCUGUUGGAUGUACUCAAAGAGCGAGCAAUUUGGUUUGUAGGCGCCAUUCGUACAAACCGUUUGAACAUGUGUCCGUUACUAUGUGAAAAAGAUUUACGUAAAGAAGGCCGUGGAAGCUAUGAUUAUCGAACUGACACAUAUUUUAAUUUAAUUUUGGUGCGAUGGUAUGACAAUAAAGCUGUCACUCUGUAUAUGGGUGGAAUUGAUCAGCUUGAUAUGAUGUGCUCGUUUUACAAAGCUAACCUUAAGUAUCAUUGUUGGUAUAUAUACACUUGGGCGCAUACAAUAGUGAUUUCACUUGUAAAUGCAUGGUUUCUAUACCGUAGAGAUUUGAAAUUAAUAAAACCAAAAGCAAAGCAUAUGCCCAUAAAAAAGUUUCAAGCAGAGGUGGCAACAAGUUUAAUAAAGGCAGAGAAAUGUAAGUUUGGCAGACCAUCUCUUGAAACUAUGAUAUCACCAAAGGCUAAAAGAUCUGUAGUCCAAGGCAACCCAACGCAAGAUGUAAGACAGGAUGGAGUAAACCAUCUACCAGCAUACACUAAGAAAAGACAGCGAUGUAAAAAAUGCCCUGCUGGGUUUUCAUACAUUCAAUGCCAAAAAUGUAACGUAUGGCUUUGUAUGCAAAGAGAACGAAACUGUUUCAAGGAUUUUCAUGUAUAA